AGAUGGUAAAGCGAUGAAAAGCCCUGAUGUGCUUGCCAAGACUACUGCGAAUGGCUUUGGCCCAGGGCCCCAGCCAGUGCCCAGCCCUGCUGGGAGCCCCGGCUAGCACCACGGACGGCACCCAGGAAGCCCGAGUCCCCCUGGACGGGGCCUUCUGGAUUCCCAGGCCACCAGCAGGUUCGCCCAAGGGCUGCUUCGCCUGUGUGUCCAAGCCUCCUGCCCUGCAGGCUGCAGCGGCUCCAGCUCCUGAGCCUUCGGCCUCGCCCCCCAUGGCACCCACUCUGUUUCCUAUGGAGUCUAAAAGCAGCAAGACUGACAGCGUUCGGGCAUCGGGUGUUCCACAAGCCUGCAAGCACUUAGCUGAGAAGAAAACCAUGACGAACCCCACCACAGUCAUCGAGGUCUACCCUGACACCACGGAGGUGAACGACUACUAUCUGUGGUCCAUCUUCAACUUCGUCUACCUCAACUUCUGUUGCCUGGGCUUCAUUGCUCUGGCCUACUCCCUCAAAGAGCCUACAGGCAAGACGACGUGCCAGAUACAUGAGGCUAACCAUGAGGCCUUAUCCAGCACUGUGAAGUGGACACUUCCUGUGUCCACACCAUAGGCGAGCAGAGCACCUGGAACAGCAAGAGUGCCCAUUGACUGUGUGAAGUUACCCGUGGGCAUCCCAGAGGCAAAACUCAGGCCCAGGGUGUCUAUAACACAUCUGCAGCCUGGAGGAAGGGCUUGCAAGAGGAAGUAGAACAGCUGGUUGUUAAAGAGAACACCUGGAUAAUGAUUGCAGUGCCAUAGGUGAACUAGAUACCUAGCGAGUCUCACUUGCUAGAGAGCCGUAUGUCUACACAGCUGCAGGCAUCAGUUGGGGACAGGAUGCUACAUUACAGUUGAAAGACAAGUGGGCUGUUACUAAAUCCAAGGGAAGAAGGAAUUUAAUUUUCUGGAGAAAAAUUACAAAACCUUCUCAAUGACUUCACUCAAAUUGUGGGAGCUCAGUAAAUGGGGACAUGCCUCCUUCUUGGUGACAGAGACGUUAGUUCCCUCCUAUAGCAGAGUCUCACUCCCACCUUUACUCUCCAGACCCCUCAGCCCUUCACCCCACACGUGCUCUCAGUCCAACCCACAUUCUGGGUCACCCCUCUGCCCUUUACUGGGUCCCUUCCCUUCCUCUCACUCUUCCCCAGCCCUGCCCUUCCUCCUCCCUCCUCCCUCUGCCCACUGCUGUGUACCUAUCCCACAUCUCCCUCCCCCUUCUCCUUGUUCCUGCCUUACCACUCCUUCCUCUUCAGGAGUAUCCCUCCUCCUGACAGGCUUCAGUUGUCCUCUGUCUAGUCGUGCUCCCAUUCCCACCCAUCCCUCCUCCCUCCCACCACACUUCUGCCGCUGGUAUCUACUUCCCUCAUUCUGGCAUCUGCCAGUCCAAGUGUCUCCUGUCCACCUUUCUUCUUUUAACCAAACCCAGUCCAUGAAUAGAGCAACCCCACCCCCACCCCAAUUUCCUCCUGUGCUCAUCUGACACCUCAUUCUAGGCUCCGAUUUCAGCUUGCAUCAGGCCCAGCUGGCACUCAAAGGAUGAUGUAGCUCAAGGGGGCUGUCCUAAGGCCUGCCUGCUCUGACCAGGUAGCCUCUUAGAAAUGGGCAGCUCUGUCUCCAUCUUCCAAGGAUGUCUUGUCCACGCAGCGUCCUGGUUAAGGCCUAGCUAGGUAGAACUGUCACAACUGGUUACAACACAGUUGUGGGCACAGUUGUCAUUCAUCCCACACACACUGCCUCUGGUGGCAUCAUCCUAUUCACUAUGCAUCCAGUGUCUCAGGGUCAUCUCUCCCUUUUGCACUACAUCACUUCAGACUCACUGUGCUGUUAUAAAAAAAAAUUACACCAAAACAAAACAACACAGAAAUUCCUGAGCAUCCUUCACUGGGUCCCUGUGUUCCUCAUUCCCCAUUUCCUUCUCUGACUAGACACCAUUUACUUUACAAACUGUCAAAGAUGAGUCUUUCAUUCCAUUAUUGGCUUCAGUCUCCUCUCCUUUGUCUCUUCUAUCCCCCUUGGUCUGCUGGCCUUUGUCCUGCCUCUUCUCCUUCUCUUCCUCCUCCUCUGAUGACCACUGCCCCCUCAUCUGCUGGCCUCCCUCCCCUGCUGGCCUUUGACAUCUCCCUCUUUUCUUCCUCCUUCCUUAGGCUGACCUUUCUCUGCUGAUGUCCACUCCACUGCCUCCUCUGACCUCUACCUCUCUUCCUC